AUGUUCGCAGGUUGGUCCAUUGAAGCUGCGACACCUGGUACAGCACAUUGUACAACCGAUUCUUUGACAGGUACCGGUCCACCAGGCUAUCUCAAGCCGCCCCUGUGCGGUAUCAACGCUGAAGCUAUCUUAGACCCUCAAGAUAGUGGCCUGCCAAACUCCAUCUCAAGCUGUCGACGAAGCUUAUUCUCACGGAAUCUCACCGGGUCUGCAUUGCGUCAUAAAUCCAUUUGUGCCACUCUUCAGCACGACAACCCCUGCUCAGGAACAGGCCCGUCCACUCCAAACAAGACCACAGGUCAGGUCCCCCAGCUCAACCCGUGGCUACCUCACAGUGAGCGGGACACAGAAAGCCUGCAGACGCAUCCCAGGUUUGUCCGCACGGCCCCGGCGAACAACGUUCGACAAGCUCCCUGUCCAGUGCCUAGGGUUCCAAGAGCACUAAGACCUUGCACUACACCACGCUACGGCAGCGCCCUUCAAGCCAGAAGAAUCGUCGCCUUCCACAGCUUCCUUACCAGCUUCCUUGACCCAAGCCGCAAGCCUCAAUUCCGUGCAUCGCUGGGUUUCCCUCCCCCUGCACAACGCGCCCACGUCCAUACACACGUCCUGCAACAAGCAAACGCUGCAGAAUCAAACCCACCCAAGACCACGGUCAACCAGCCUUGCGCAGAUAUACUUGCAUCGUUACUGGCGACAAGGAACUGUCGACGCGUAUCUAACACGCCUCGUCCUAACUCCCCAAGCGAGCUGGGAUAUCUUUGUUUCACACCGUCUCCAACAUCGGACAUACCUGCCCAAGAUCACGGUUCAUUCAACGCAUCCAUCGAGACGCCUGAACCGAAUCCUCCCAACAAGAAACCCCCUCGAUAUCAACUCAUGACUGUCAGAGCCAUGGCGCAGAACAGGCAGCCCUCCGGAGGCUACAAGCAGGAGCCGGAUAAUACUCGUCACUCGGCUAUCUGCUGUGACGGCGAGUCGUGA